AUGAGUAUAAGCAGAGACUGCUAUUUGAUCAUAUUAUGCUCUAUGCAUUUUGCAAAAAAUCCACUUGCAGGAAACCCGAAACGAGACGAUAGUUUAUAUAAGAUACGACCUAUAUUGGAUUAUUUUAACAUGAGAUUGUCUAAAGUGUAUUACCUGGGAAGAGAUUUAUCAAUAGAUGAAUCAAUGAUUCUUUGGAGGGGAAGACUGUCAUUUAGACAAUACAUAAAAAGCAAACAUAAUAAAUAUGGCAUUAAAAUGUACAUGCUCAACAAUCCAGAUGGUUUCAUAAAUAUGUGCGUUGUGUGCAUGGGAAGCAGUGGAGAUAUGGGGGGAAAAGGUCACACUGAAAAGGUCAUUUUGCAUUUGAUGGCAGAAAAGCUGCAUGUUGGUCAUCACAUUUUAGCUACAACUCUGUUGAACCAAAAAACACUUUCCACAGGUACUCUGAAGUUAAAUAGGAAAUAUACCCCCGAAGACGUAUCGGCAAAACUUGGGAGAGGGGAGAGAAUUGCGCGGUAUUCUAAUGGAGUUAUGAUUGGAAACUGGAAGGAUCAAUGA